ACCCUGGUGAACUUUCACCCCUUCACCAGUGGCAAUGUUUUGAUUUAGCAUCUUCGGCUUUUCGCGUGGGAUAAUUCAGCGCGUACAUACAGCGAGGGGGUGUUAACAGAAUUCGCCCGUACGCAAGAAGGAAAGGCGACAAUGACGUUGUCAAGAAGAAACCGGCACCCGCGCUGAAAAAAGGUGCUCGAUUUAGCCACAUGCUAACGUUAGCUGUCAAUGUAGCGUAUUUACCUGAGAUGUCAACAUGGCGGCGAUGAAAAGGGGUGUGUAACACGCACCGACUGGACACGCAACACGCUGCAUGUGUUCACAUUUCUUUGUUAUUACCGGUCUGGGAUUUUCAAACAAGUAAAUCAAAACGGAUUGUCGGAUUUCUCCGUGCCUUCCUUUCAAUGGGCGAGGAAAAGCCAGACACGCUGGACUUUGUGAAGGACUUCCAGGAGUAUUUGAGCCAGCAGACCCAGCAUGUCAACAUGAUAUCGGGCUCUGUCAGCGGCGUCAAGGAGGCUGAUGAACUACCGGCAGAUUGCAGUCAGAAUGGGCUGGAUCACCCAGCGGUGGACAUUUCCCUGGAGGACGGCUCAGGGAUGUUGGUGGACGGUUUUGAAAGAACCUCUGAUGGCAAACUCAAGUGCCUGUACUGCAACUACGCCACUCGGGGCACAGCCAGACUCGUUGAGCACAUUCGAAUGCACACGGGAGAGAAACCUCACCGCUGCCACCUGUGCCCGUUCGCCUCAGCCUACGAGCGCCACCUGGAGGCCCACAUGCGCUCGCACACGGGCGAGAAGCCGUACAAGUGCGAGCUGUGCUCCUUCCGCUGCGGCGACCGCAGCAACCUGUCGCAUCACCGGCGCCGGCGCCACAAAGUGGUCCCCAAGAAAGAAGCACGCUCGCUCUCGCACAAGAAGUUGCUAAGUGCGCUGCAGAAAAAAAGCAGCUCGCUCACCUACGGCCGCCGCCUCCUCAUCGCCUCGUGCUCCACUUCGGCGACGACACCCCCGGCCUGCGACGUGGAAGAGUGCUCCCGUGAAGACGAGGCCUACGAGGACGGCAAGGAGGAGCUUCAAAGCCGCCUUCGUUCCAACCUGAUCAUGGACAACCCCCUCAACCAGCUGUCUGCCCUGGCUGGCCAGUGCGUCAGCCUCCCUUCUUCGCGCCAGCCCCCCGCGUCCCCAGGAGCCGAAUCUGUCGCGGACGAGAAGCCGCUCCUGAUCCAGCGCUCGUCCUCGUCACCGAUCAGCCCCGAACGGCGAGCACCUUCUCAGUUCAGCAACUGCAGCCCGGCGGGGGGACCCUCCAGCGAGCACAGCGGGCGCACCAGCGCCACCAGCAGCCGGCCCGGCACGCCUGGCCAGCGGGCCCCCCAGCACGCGCCGCAUCGCUGCCAGCACUGCGACGUCUUCUUCCCCGACAACAUCCUCUACACCAUCCACAUGGGUUGCCACGGCUACGAGAACCCGUUCCAGUGCAACAUCUGCGGCCACAAGUGCAGGAGCAAAUACGACUUUGCCUGCCACUUUGCUCGCGGACAGCACAAGUGACCAAUUUCAAGUGAAGAACAUUUUUAUUUGUUGUUUGUUUGUUUGUUGGCCUUGAUGUAGCAUUUAGCCUUCCAGGAAGAUGUCCGCAUUCAGAUGGAUCCGAGCGACGUGAUACGGAAAUGAUGCCAGUAUUUCUUUGCAGUGCCUGACAUGUUGACUUUAAUGCGUGAAAUAGCAACAAAUCUCAAGUAUCUCCUUCAUUUAGCCAAAAUCCUCCUUCACCGAUGCUGCUAUGACCUUUAAGAGUCGAUUCCAGCCACACCGCAAGAUGACGCUAUCUGACCGCCGUAGCAAUCUUUUUACUAGCUAGUCAGUCGCUGUUGAGGCGGCAGUUGGAUUUUAAGCGACUAUUUGAUCUUUUUGUGCAAUGUAGUUCCUGAACACACCUCGCCAGGAAACGUAACACAACACGGAAGCUUUUUUUCCAUAGUCUGAAGUCACUUUAUGAAGUGUAUCCCCAUGGCCUUACAACCUCGGGAUAAGCGAUUCCCAAAAUGUAUUUGCUCGGUGCUUUUUUUUUUUUUAUUGUUCAUGAAAUAUUUACCUAUAUUUAUUCCAA